UUGUGAUUGGUCGGAAUAAUAAAGCCUAUCAAUUCCGCCACACUUUGAGCCUAGCAAUGCCUUUAUAAAGCGGAUAGUUUGGUUGAUUAACUGAUCAUUAUCAUCUUGUUCGUCAACAAAGAAGUUAUAUACAGCAAGUAAAUAUGUCUGGACGUGGUAAAGGAGGAAAAGCUAAGGGAAAGGCCAAGAGCCGAUCAAGCCGUGCUGGACUUCAAUUCCCAGUCGGUCGUGUCCACCGAUUCUUGCGAAAGGGUAACUAUGCAUCUCGUGUCGGUGCUGGUGCCCCAGUCUAUAUGGCUGCCGUACUCGAGUACUUGACUGCUGAAAUCUUGGAGUUGGCUGGCAACGCUGCCCGUGACAACAAGAAGAGCAGAAUCAUCCCCCGUCAUCUUCAGCUUGCCAUCCGUAACGAUGAAGAGUUGAACCGUCUUCUCGGAAGUGUGACCAUCGCACAAGGAGGUGUAUUGCCAAACAUCCAAGCUGUACUUCUGCCAAAGAAGACCCAGGCCAAGUCCAAGUAGAUUUCAUAAACCAUCUUCUCAAACCAAACGGCUCUUUUCAGAGCCA